AGGCCCCGAGGAUUGGGGAUUCCCCAAGGCCACUCAGUUCCCCCCCACCACACCCCACUUCUGUAGCAUCUCCUGUAGCCUCCCCCUUGCUGGUGGGGGGUUGUGUCAACCCCUUCCUCUGGCAGGGUGGGCAACUGUGCCCAAAGCCUCGACGUCGUGGACCGUGCGAGUGUUCUUUUAAAAACAUCUGCAGACUGAUUUGUUGAUUGAGCAUAAUGAGCAGUGAGGAAGAAACAUGGGAGAAACUGGAUGCAGAAUUUGACCACUAUGUUGUAGACAUGAAGCCUUAUGUUUUGAAAUUGUCUCAUAAAUCAGAACGUCAAAGAUGUGCCCUUUGGAUUAAAAAACUUUGUGAGCCUUCAGGUGCAGGUACAGGGGUUGUUGGUAGGAAAAACCGGAACUUAUAUGCAAGACUACUUCUACAUAUGCUGAAGAGGGGAGUGCUGGAGGGCCCAUUUACACAUAAACCAGAAACAGGAAUAUUGAAAACUCUUCCUUCAUACAUGUCAAUCUAUUUUGAUGAACCAAAUUCAACAAGAGUAUGGAGUGACAGCCCGGAAGAUUUACCUGAUUGGGUCAUGGGAGAGCUGCGACAAAGUGAUUCUAAAUUGGAUGAGUCCUGGAAACUUCAUUUUAGGGAGGAGUCUAUGGUAUCCUCACCUCUUGUACACAGGGAACAAUAUAAUUACAAUGGAAAACUAGCACUAAAGUCACAUUCUAUGAGUCCACCACAUCUGUCAGAAGAUGAGAACUUUUCUUCAAAGAUACCAGAAGAUCGCCAUGCAAAAAAAAUUUCUUUCGAUGACAGUGACCUUGAAGCUCGUCUCAACAGUUGGAAUCUUGGGCUAGAAAAUCCCAGAUAUUUACGUGAGAAACCAAUACCUUUGUCAUUGAUGUCACCCAAGAUAGAUGUGGGAAGAAACAGCACUUCUCGUGAUGAACCUAUGUUCCGUAUGCAUGAAAAGGAGCUGGAGAUGAAAACAAAACUAAUGGAAGCUAGAAUUCAUGAAGAAAAGCUUAAAUUACAGCAGAAGCAUGAUGCAGAUGUUCAGAAGAUUUUGGACAGAAAAAAUGAUGAAAUUGAGGUACUGAAGACCUUGUACAAAACCAAACAGUGUGAAGCUGAAGAGAUUAUUCAGAAACUUGAAAAAAAAGUUCAGACGCUUGUCCGUGAGUCACAAGUUGUUAGAGAAGCCAAGGAAAAACAAAUCAUGGAGUUAAAAAAAUUGUGUGAACAAAGUACAGAUUCCCUGAACAAUGAGUGGGAGAAAAGGCUCCACAAUGCUGUGGCCGAAAUGGAAAAGGAAAAAUUUGAUCUUCAGAAGAAGCACACAGAAAAUAUCCAGGAAUUGCUGGAGGAUACAAAUACACGUCUAAGUAAAAUGGAAGUAGAAUAUUUGGCACAAACCAAAGCAACUAACCAUAUGGUCAAAGAGCUAGAGGCCCGUGUCCAUCAAUUGACUGUGGAAGCUGAAACCAGUAAUCUGAAGCAUCAAAAGGUAUCUCAGGAAAAGAACAAUCUGGAACAAUCCUACCAGGCUGUACGCACAGAACUUGAAGAAAUCAAGGCAAGGCGCAAUUCACUUCAAAAAGAAAAGGGGCGUAUCGUACAAGAGUAUGAGCAAAACAUUCAACAACUACAAACCAAAUAUGAUGCUGACCUAAAUUUGGUGAAACAGGAACAUGCUCUUUCUGCAGUAAAGGCAUCUGAUGUGAUUGAAGAAUUAGAACAGUGUGUGUCUCAAUUAAAACAACAGUUACUAGAAUCAGAACAUCAAAGGCAGCAACAGCUGAGGGACCAAGAGCAGAGAUUUCUACAGGAGAAAGCUCAUUUAGAGAGAUCUCAUGAAAAAAAGAUUCAUGGAUUACAGAAUGACUUUGAUAAAGAGAGAGUGGAUUCUCACAAGACAAUACGAAAACUGGAUGAUAUUCUGAGGGAGAAGGAGGAGCAGCUGACUCAGGUGAUCGAGGUACAGAGGCUGCAAGCCCAGCAGGCUGAUGCUGCCCUGGAGGAGUUUAAGCGGCAGGUGGAGCUGAACUCAGAAAAAGUCUACGCUGAAAUGAAAGAGCAGAUGGAAAAGGUGGAAGCAGAUCUAACCAGAUCAAAAUCUCUCCGUGAAAAGCAGUCAAAAGAAUUCUCCUGGCAGUUGGAGGAGCUCAAGCAAAGAUAUGAGCAACAGAUAGUAGAGCUGAAGCUGGAGCAUGAACAGGAGAAGACGCACCUAUUCCAACAGCAUAGCACAGAAAAGGAUUGCCUGGUCCGAGACCAUGAACGGGAAAUUGAGAAACUAGAAAAACAGCUUCGGGCUGCCAUGACAGAGUACGACAAUAAAACUCAAGAAUGCAGGAAACGAGAUGCGCAGGUCAUCUGUGAUAUGGAAGCCCAGGUCCAUAAACUGAGGGAAGAGCUAAUUCAGGUGAAUACUCAGAGAAAACAGCAGCUGGUUGAACUUAGCCUUCUUAGAGAAGAAGAAAAGCAAAGAGCUGUUCGGGACCAUGAGGCUGACAUGAACAAGCUGAAAGCUGAGUCAGGGAAGAUGAUGCUAGACCUGAAAAAGAUGAAUGCUGCAGAAAAGGAGAUGGCACUGGAAAAGGCCAACAGCAGGUUGAAGCAGAUUGAAAAAGAAUACAGUCAGAAGUUUGCCAAAUCUUCACAGAUCAUAGCUGAACUUAAGACAACCAUUUCCUCUCUGACAGAGGAAAGCAACCAGCAGCAGCUUGCUUCAGAAAGGCGUCUGCAGGAUGUUUUACAAAAGUUUGAAGAUGAGAAGCAGCAGCUGAUUAGAGAUAAUGACAGAGCAAUCAAGGUCUUGCAAAAUGAGAUGCAAAGCUGUUGCAAUCAGGUUCGCGCUGCAGAAAAGAAGAUGCAACAAAGAGAUCUGGAGACACAAGAACAGAUGACUUUUAUACAGCAAGAAUACGAAACCAAACUUAAAGGUCUAAUGCCAGCAUCGUUGAGGCAAGAACUUGAAGACACAAUUCUUUCAUUAAAAUCUCAGGUAACUACUGGAGCUGACUGGUUUGUUCAAGCAUCCAGUGGACUUCUUUCAGCAGGUUUGAAGAUUUGGAUCUUGUGAACUAAUCUGAGAGAUCAGUGGUUGUUUUGUUAAAGCAGACAAUGUAAUUAAGCCCAUGAAGCACAUCCUUCAUUCAUAACAGUAUUUUAAGUUACCGCUUAUUUAAAUUAUUUUAUCAUUAUAUUAAAGAUUUUUAUGCUUUUGAUAUAUUCAAUAUUUGUAUUUGUCAAUAUACUUACUG